AUGGUUUCGAACAAAGUGGUUCUCUGGUCAACAGUCAUUGCAUCAAUCGCUCUUAGCGGAUUAUUUUAUGUUUUUAGCCGAAUCAGAUGCGUUCACCCGCAUUGUGUGGAAACGUAUGCAAAGGAUAGUAUUACCAUACUUUACAGUCUAUAUUUGAUAUUUAUCUUCAUUGCCGCACUUCUUUGCAAGUUAAUUUCACAAUUGCCAUACAGAAUUCGAUAUUGGUUGGAAAAGGACAUUCCGGUAUCACCAUGUCGCCAUCCGUUUAUCCGAUACUUUUGGUUUGAAGGAUCAGUUCUUGAAUUCUUGACUUUUCUCGCAAUUUUAGCACUUGUUACUGUCAAUUUUGUUCUCUAUUGGAAUUUAAUGUUAUCAGUGUCCGCUCAUCCGCUGACAGAGAAAGCGUAUUGGUCAGCAGCUUUAAUGGGAAGUGGACAUAUGGCUGAUGUUUUGUUGGGCCUUAUUCUCAUUCCCUUAGGUCGUCAUUCUUUUCUGCCUAAUUUACUUGGUAUUCAUAUUGAUGCUGCACUUCGUUUCCAUAAACGUUGUGGAAUUCUUCUUUGUUUGAUUAGUCUGUCUCAUGGAUUUCUAAUCUGGACAAAAACAGUGACAUUUCUGAAUCCGCCGUCAUAUUUCUAUUGGACGUUUAAUAUUGGCGUUCAGGGUCCGAAAUGGAUCUUUUAUGUAUCCAAAGCAGGAUUUAUGACGACAUUCGGUUUUAUUUCCGGUGCCACCAUCGCAGUUCUUUGGUUAUUCACUUUCCCAAUCGUUCGACGACGUUUAUAUCAUUUCUUCUACGUCAUUCACAUCAUAUUUGGCCCAUUGAUGAUCAUCAGUGCAGGUUUUCAUACCAGUAGCGUUUGGUACUAUAGUAUGCCUGGCGCCUUUCUGCUCUUAGUCGAUUGGAUUAUUCGAUUGUAUAAUUACAGUAAGAAAAGAAAGGCUUUAAUCCGGAGAGAAGAAUGUGGAUAUAUCCGAAUUGAUAUUUUCGAGAAAAUCAACGUGAAUGUCGGCAGUUUUGUUAUGAUCAAAAUCGAUGAACUUGGAUGGCAAAUCAGUCAUCCGUUUACAGUUGCAGAUGACAAUGAAAGUUUAGUUUUAUUGAUAAAACCUACAUUAUUCAGAUCGGAAUGGACAAAUCAAUUAGCAGAUCUUCUUCCAAAUGGAUGUUUAGAAAAGGAAAUUACUGUUCGCAUCGAUGGAUCGUUCGGAUAUUUGAAGUUUGACGUAUCAAAAAUGAAUUUAGUUGCUUGUUUCGUUGGCGGAGUGGGUAUUGCAGGUGCAUUGGCAAUUGCAUCACAUGUAUUGAAGUAUGAUGUUGGUUCUUGCUUAGUUUUUAUAUUCUGGGCAGCUCGAGAAAUCAAUGCAGGAAAGUUGAGUUUGCUGCAAAAAUUAAUUAACCGUCAGGAUUCUCGAUUACGCGUUCAUCUUUUUGGUAAAGCAGCAUGGUUUUCUAACGAUCUCGAAGGUGAGCCGUCAUCAGUAUGUGACUUGCAAACAAACGGAGUGAAAGGAAGUUUAGAAAGGAUGAAUCCCAACGAAUUAUUACAACAAGUUGUAUUACCAUGUGCGACGAGAUCGGCUAAGGUUGGAGUUUACACUUGUGGGCCUCAAGAAUUAAUGGACUCUGUGCAGAAAGCAUGUGAAAACGGUCAUAAAUCCGUGGAAAUCUACUUUCAUCGAGAGUCUUUCCAGUGGUAG